GGAUUUACCGUUCAGUCCAGAAGAGUUUGCACCGAAAAAAUGUUCGUGUUACGUGCUGCCGCUAAAGCUGAUAAGAAUUUGCUGCCAUUUUUGGGGCAAUAUUCUCGAGGACAUGCCGCUAAGGCAGCUGCCAAGGCUGUCGCUGGAGGCAACGGCAAAAUUGUCGCUGUCAUUGGUGCUGUCGUCGAUGUACAGUUUGACGAUAAUUUGCCUCCAAUUUUGAAUGCUUUGGAGGUGGACAACCGCUCCCCUCGUUUGGUGCUAGAGGUGGCCCAACAUUUGGGAGAGAACACCGUGCGUACCAUUGCCAUGGACGGUACCGAGGGUUUGGUGCGCGGCCAGAAAGUUCUGGAUACCGGCUAUCCAAUCCGUAUUCCCGUCGGAGCCGAGACCCUGGGUCGUAUCAUUAACGUGAUUGGCGAGCCCAUUGAUGAGCGUGGUCCUAUCCCUACCGAUAAGACUGCCCCCAUUCACGCUGAAGCACCCGAAUUCGUUGAGAUGUCCGUGGAACAGGAGAUUCUUGUCACUGGCAUUAAAGUUGUAGAUCUGCUUGCACCAUACGCCAAGGGUGGAAAGAUCGGUUUGUUUGGAGGCGCUGGAGUCGGCAAGACUGUGUUGAUCAUGGAGUUAAUUAACAACGUAGCCAAGGCUCACGGUGGUUACUCCGUGUUCGCUGGCGUCGGCGAGCGUACUCGCGAAGGCAAUGACUUGUACAACGAGAUGAUUGAGUCCGGCGUCAUUUCGCUUAAGGAUAAGACCUCUAAAGUCGCCCUUGUCUACGGACAGAUGAACGAGCCCCCGGGUGCCCGCGCCCGUGUAGCCCUUACCGGUCUUACUGUCGCUGAAUAUUUCCGCGAUCAAGAAGGACAGGACGUGCUGCUCUUCAUCGACAACAUUUUCCGUUUUACUCAGGCCGGUUCUGAGGUGUCCGCCCUGCUAGGUCGUAUCCCCUCAGCUGUGGGUUAUCAGCCAACUCUGGCCACUGACAUGGGUUCUAUGCAGGAGCGUAUUACAACUACCAAGAAGGGCUCCAUUACUUCCGUGCAGGCCAUUUAUGUGCCAGCUGACGAUUUGACCGAUCCCGCUCCGGCCACCACUUUCGCUCACUUGGACGCCACUACUGUGUUGUCCCGUGCUAUUGCCGAGCUGGGCAUUUACCCGGCUGUGGAUCCCUUGGAUUCGACCUCCCGUAUCAUGGACCCCAACAUCAUCGGACAGGAGCACUACAACGUAGCUCGCGGCGUUCAGAAGAUCUUGCAGGAUUACAAAUCCCUUCAGGAUAUCAUUGCCAUUUUGGGUAUGGAUGAAUUGUCUGAGGAGGACAAGCUGACAGUGGCCCGUGCUCGCAAGAUUCAGCGCUUCUUGUCACAGCCAUUCCAAGUCGCCGAGGUCUUCACAGGUCAUGCCGGCAAACUCGUUCCAUUGGAGCAAACCAUCAAGGGCUUCUCACAGAUUCUGGGUGGCGAGUACGAUCACUUGCCCGAAGUUGCGUUCUACAUGGUUGGUCCCAUUGAAGAAGUUGUAGAAAAGGCCGACCGUCUAGCUAAGGAGGCCGCCUAAGUAGUUUUCAUCGUCAUGAAGCCAUGAUGACUAAGAUCAAGUGAAUUAAGCAUUAAAGUUGUUGUCACAGACACUGUAUCUUUUGAAGGGAUCUUCCCAGCCCGACCUAGAGGAAAUCAAUAAAACGUAUUUAAACUCAAAACAAAAA